AUGAGCCAUGCUCUCGAUUUGAAAUUUUUUCUCGCGCGGUUGCAAGACAAUGAGUUGGAUCCAACGUCCAUUGAGACGAGUGAAAGCCUGGGUCGCUACGUUGUUGCCCGUAGAGACUUCUCUGAUCUUGGAACUGUCAUAUUUCGAGAGAAGCCGAUGGUUGUCCAUAGUGACAAUGACUUGAGACAGCUGUAUGAUGGGUAUCUGAACGCAACGGAUCACACCAAGCAGCUCAUUUUGGACAUGUAUACACCUCCAAGCAACUCGGCCCUGAUGCUUCAAGCGGCCAUGAUGUCUGGUCUAUCUGCUUUGGGAUAUCGCAGAGCUGCUGAACUCGGACCACAGAAGAUGACGAAACUUGCCGGUGCCUCAAUGACGAACUCAUUUGCGUAUUACGGAAGGCCCCUGCAAUAUACGGAGAUAACCCAGGCUACCACCAGAAAAAAGGCCGCACUUCUCGCGUAUGGAUCAAAACUGGCACAUUCUUGUGCACCCAACACAAUCCAGUUCUCCAAAACUAGCGACGGCUACAUGCACUUCAAGGUUAUUCGUCCAAUCAAAUCGGGAGACUCGCUUUCCAUAUCUUAUAUUCGGGAACUGUUCUCUAGCCCUACCUUUGCCAGACGCGACGAACUAUGGAAGUCCAAAUCCUUCGUUUGUAGAUGUCCACGCUGCAUGGGUCCUGAUCAUUGUCGAGUUAUUCGGUGCCCGAACAAAUGCAAAAACCAUGUUCACUGCUUUUAUGACAAUGUUGGGUCGAGUGAUGUGUUUUCGGCGCCUGACAAUAAUGUUGAUCGUUGGGUGUGUGGCAAAUGCGGGCCCUUGGAACCGACGUUGGCAACAGAAAUUGUUUCGACGGAAGCUCAAGUUGAAAGAACUGUUUCCCGCAUUGAGAUGCGAACUACGAGUGGAAUGAUUGAAAGCUUGUUCCCAAAAGCAUUGAAGGCAGAUCUGCAGGUGGCAAAGAAGGAACUUUCGUCGGUUCACUACUUGACACAAAAGCUCCUGUUACUAACCACCAAAAUCUGUGCAUCUCAUGCAGUUGGGAUAGAAGAGGCAUCGAAAAGCGGUAUGGUGCCACACAACAUGAUGACGCCCUACGGGACAUCGGUACAGCUUCGACGACACGCGGCGGUCGCCGGUUUCGAGUUUGUUGCGUCCUGUGAGUGCGUUGCUGUUGGUUGUUCUUCAAUCAAUUGCAGUGUUGGAAAGCGCAACCACGCGCCCGUCAUGGACUGUGUGGAGAAUGUCCUUUUUGCGUGGCAGGACUUGGAUCACGUGCCAAAACGCCAGUGGCCGAACUACGUGACACCAGUGUACUUGGAACCGUAUUUGUCCUUCCUUCGUAUUUCGUAUGGUCCUACUGAUUGCGAUGUGCGAGACAUUGAGACUCAUGUGGCAAAAUGGAAGAAGGAUAAAUACUCCAAGGAAUCUUUCCCAGAAGAUGUGGCAGCAGCGGGCAGUGAGCCCAUCCCGCGCUGUGACUAUUGCGGAAAGCCAGAACAAGCCCCGAAGGCUUGUAAGUUUCCCCCGUGA